UACCCUAAAUAUCAAAUUUUGACAGACCGUACAAAUCUGUCCAAAACCUGUUGAUUGAUCUGAAGCUCCUCCAUUUUUCUUUUCCCCAAGGUUUCAUGGUUGACUGACCUCUCCAGUAUCAUGAGGUUCUGUUUCAAUCAAACGACUCGUGUCUUCUAAUCGAUACAAAGUAUGGCUGAAACUACCGCAACAGCCACCGUCAUCAGCAGUAGAACCGCCAUCGCCACCGGCACCGGCACCAGUUACACUGUUCCUAAGCUCGAACCAUCACCCUCCGCCUCCAUGGCUACAACUAUUGAGGAUGUAGACGAAGAUAUGUUUCUAUCAAAGUCCGAGUUAUUAGCUCGUGAAGAAGUACUUAAACGACGAUCUCGAAAACUGAAGCAGAUAGCUAGGGUUUACAAGGAUCAUUACUGGUGUAUGAUGGAAGAACUGAAAUUGAAGUACAGAGAAUAUUAUUGGGAGUAUGGGAAGAGUCCGUAUCAGGAUGAUGGAUCAGUAACUGAAAUCGAUGCGGAAAAGAAUGGCGAUGAUGAGUUAGGGUUAGAGUUUAGUAGCGAUUUAAGUCGGUGUGCUGUUCAUGGAUGUAAAUCAAAAGCCAUGGCGCUAACCAAGUUUUGUCAUGCUCAUAUAUUGUCCGAUUCUAAACAGAAACUCUACAUGGGUUGCAAUUACGUGAUCAAAAGCUCACAAGCAGGACCUAUACUUUGUGGGAGACCAAUUCUUAAAUCCACAGUUCCUUCUCUAUGUGCAACUCAUUUCCAAAAGGCAGAAAAACAUGUUGCAAGGGCUUUAAAGAAAGCAGGGCUAAAUGUAACCUCUACUAGUAAAGUUGCUCCAAAAUUUCAUGUUAUUAUUGCAGAAUAUGUUCGUCUAAUUCAAAGUAAAAGAAGAAUUGCUCAUAAAGCAGAAUUAGAGAAUCUUGAUGUAAAAGAAGAAGAUAUCAGCAUUUAAAAUUGUUGUAAUGUGAAUUCAAGUGUAAUUUUCAAAUUGUAUUCUACCUCUUUUCCUCUU